AUGUCUAACGAAUUUUUAUUGCCUACAAAUUUCACACCAUCUCAUUAUAAGAUAUGGAUCAAGAAAUUGAAUAUAGAUGAAAAUACCUUUAAUGGUAACGUUUCUAUUUUGUUGAAGACUAAUCAAGCAUCUAAUGUUAUUCAAUUGCAUAUUAGAGAUAUCACUAUUGAAAAUGCUUGGAUUGAAACCAACGAUGGUGAUAAGCAAAGUUGUGUUUCUCAUUCUUAUGAUAAAGUAACUGAAUUUUUAACCUUGGAGUUCCCCAAUGAAAUCACUGCUGAUUGCACUCUAUUCGUCGAUUAUAAUGGUUUGUUGCAAUCUAAUAUGUCAGGUUUUUAUAGAUCCAAUUAUAAGGAUGUUUCCACUGGUGAUGAUAAAUGGAUGUUAUCUACUCAAUUUGAAGCCACUGACGCUAGAAGAGCAUUCCCAUGUUUUGAUGAACCAAAUUUAAAGGCUCAUUUCGAAGUUCACAUCACUGCUGAAAGUGAAUUGACUGUCUUGUCUAACAUGCCUGAAAAGGAAGAACUAGACGAAGGUUCAAUGAAGACCCAUAUAUUUUACACUUCUCCAUUGAUGUCUACUUAUUUGGUUGCCUGGGCUAUUGGUGAAUUCGAAUAUAUUGAAUCUAAGACAGAUAAAGAAAUUUAUCCAACUUUACAAGGUUAUAGUAUCGAAGAUGGUUCUUCCCAAGUCAAAGGAAGUUUGCCAAUUAGAUUAUACACUGCAAAGGGUAAAUCUCAACAAGGUCAAUUCGCCAUGGAUGUUGCUAAGAAAGUAGUUGAUCUAUUCUCUGAAUUGUUCGAAAUUCCUUACCCAUUGCCAAAAUUGGAUUUGAUUUGUGUUGAAUCUUAUUCUCACAAUGCUAUGGAAAACUUUUCCUUGAUCACAUUCAGACCUUCUGCUUUGUUAUAUGAUGGUGAUAUUGAUUCAAUGUUAACUUCUUCAGCAUCUAAAAAGAUUGCAUAUGUGGUUUCUCAUGAAAUUGCUCAUCAAUGGUUUGGUAACUUAGUUACCAUGAACUGGUGGGAUGAAUUAUGGUUAAACGAAGGUUUUGCUACCUGGGUUGGCUAUUACGCGGUUAAUCAUUUGUUCCCAGACUGGAAUGUCCCAUCAAUGAUCAUGUUGAACUCCCGUGAAGUUGCUCUUGGCUUGGACUCCUUACAUGAAUCACACCCUGUUAAGGUCAAUGUUCAUGAUCCUAAAGAUAUUGAUCAAGUAUUUGAUACCAUCUCUUACUUGAAAGGUUGCUCUGUCCUUGAAAUGAUUAGUGGUUACCUAGGUGAAGUAAACUUUUUGAGAGGUGUUGCUAUUUAUUUGAAACGUAACAAAUUUGGAAAUGCUACUAUGGAAGACUUAUUCUCUUGUAUUAGUGAAGUCGCAGACAUUGAAAUGCUAUCUCGUGUUAAACCAUGGAUUUUAGAUAUUGGUUUUCCAAAGCUAUCUGUUGAGAAAUCUAGCAAGGACAGCAAUCUAUUAAGAAUUACCCAAAAUAGAUACGUCAAUUCAACAUCUGAUCUAGAAAAAUCCUCAGACAAAAAGACUAACUGGUGGAUACCAUUGAUGAUGACAAAGGGAAAUGUAACCGAAGGUAGAUUGGAAUUUGAUUCAGAAGAGAUUGAUAUUGGUUAUGAAGAAUCUUUGACAUUUUUCAACACUGAUGGUUACGGUUUCUACAGAGUCAAAUAUGAAUCAUCUGAAUUACUAGAUAAAAUUUACGAAAAUUUAGAAAAUUUAUCAUCUAGAUCAUUAAUGGCUUUGAUAUCAGAUGUUGCUACUUGUGGUACUUUACGUCAAUUUUUGGAUUUGUCAUUGGCAAUUUCAAAAUUAAAAUCAUUAAAUGAUUAUUAUGUCUGGAAAUUAAUUAUUCAAUACCUAGAAACAAUGAGAAUUGUUGUCUUUAACAGCUGUGAUGCUUCUUUGAUUACUAAGUUUGAUAAAUUCAUUUGUUCAUUAUUUGAGCCAAUCAUGGAACUAGCUAUAAGUUAUCUUCAAAACCCAACUGAAUUAUUAAACAACAAGGAUGAUGAAUUCCGUUACGCAAAAGCUGAAUUAUACGAUGCGGUCCUAGAACUGACAGGUAUGUUGGGACAAAGUGACGUUGUUAAGGCUGCAAUGGAUCUAUUUGAAAAGAAUUCUAUUAAUGAUUCCAACAGAUCCAUUGUCUUUAGCACAGUUCUAUCUCAAAAGAAUACUAAAUUGGCAACCUUUGAAAAAAUUGCCGCUUUAGUAGCAGGUGCUGAUUUAGCUGAAUUAGAAACAAUCUUGUCAUGUUUGGGUUGUGUUAGAAAUGAAGAAUUAUUUACACCAUGUUUGGACUUACUUUUCAAGAUUGAACCAAUGAAUGUUCAAUAUUUGGCCACCUCAUUUGGUAAGAACCCAUAUAUUCAAAGCUCAAUUCUAAAAUAUGUUGAAUCUAAGAAAACUGAACUUUUCCAAAGAUUGCAAAUCAAUGCUAUCGUGAUGUGUAGAUUUGUCAGUUUCACAUUUUGCAACUUUUCUGAAGCUUCCUAUUUGAAUUCAUUAAAUGCCAUUUUUAAAGGUGAAGAUAUUUCUUUAUAUGACAGAAACUUGAAGCAAACAAUGGAACACGUCGAAUUGAAUAUUUCCCACUCCAAGGAAUGGAUUCCACAACUAACAGAAUAUUUUAUGUAA